AUGGAGUACUCCGAACUGCAAAAGACCUCGAGAAAUCGUGGCAUGACAGUCAGCCCAGGCUUAGUGCUGUCAGUUGUUUGUUUAGUUCUCUACUCCGCGGGAUUCGUCAGGGUCGAGUUGAAGUUUGAUGAUCAAGACCAGAGGUUGGAAGCUGUUGAGGAAGCCAUUGCUCUUCUGAAAUUUGAAAUGAAGACUUACAUUAAAGGUACAGUGAUGUUGAAAAAUCUCUUUUAUUUCUUUCCCGUUGUCUUCGUGAAAUGGAUAUAAGUCUAGUAAGUGUAUUUGUAACCUCUCUAAGUAGGCGAACCGUCUGUUCAAACUAUGGGUCUGGCUCAACCUUAGUCAGAAAUUUCCAGUUCUCGGAGUCCCGAGUCUUGAUUUGUUUCCUGUUUAACUGACAUUGUUAAUGACAUCAAUUUAUCAACGCUCUCUCGAGUAAUAUCCUGAAUGAUCAUGGCCCGUUUUAUCCUUGGUGUAUAUUUAACAAAAAUUUCACUGAAGACUGCCCAUCUUGGGAUCGCACAACUCAGCUACUCGUAUUCGAGACAUAAAGCUCCGCUAUGGAAAUAUCUCGAGCCCCUUUUUUAUAGGCGUAGAAUCACACACAAAAUUCGUCCAUUGCAGCCGGAUUCAUAUUUUGUUUUUUUUCAAAAAAAGUCUCAAAAUAACUUAGCAAUCUUAGUUAAGUGUGCAAAAAUAGCAUUCAGCCUGUAUGUCUGUGGUAUCCAUGGAUAGAAAUAUGUUUGUAGUUCUGUACAUAAAAUCAAGAAAGCGAGAGUCAAGAAGCAAUGGACUUAAUGUAGUUCCUCUCAGUCAGCAGAAUUUUUUCCCGAAAGACUUAUGGAUUGCUCGUACAUGGCCAAAUGUCUUUAUUGAAUUAUAUUGAUAUUUACACACUGCAUUCCGUAGCGGAUUAAAUUUUUGAAAUAAAGGGUAUCUAGGCAUCAUAGAGCAGAGAUUGGGCUUAUUUGCAAUCCAAGAAUGCAAGAUAGUUUAACAUGUUUUAGAAAGAUCAUUGAGAGAGUUUUAGUUUGAAUUUAAAGGUGACUUUUUUUUACCCAAACGGAAAAUCCACAAACCCACGGAACAUCCGAAAGGGAAAUUGUAGCGUUUGUUGUAGGAAACGAUAAAUAAUAUUUGAAAGUGUGGUUGAUUACCCCUGACUUGAGGGAGGCUACAAAAUGUUCACUCGGUGGGGAAAAAAACACAUAGAUGACACAAACGCCCAUGCUAAUGACACGCUCGACAAAGAUGACAUUUGUAAAUAUACACUCACAACUCUGUCGAUUAUGCGGAUUGACAAACUUUCACUUUUAUUUAUCAUUUGAAUCUUUUAUGCAUGAUUUUUUUCCUCAGACGAAGGAGCCGAAAUUUCCGAGAAGGAGAAACCAAGCAUUGAACAGAUAUUCAACAGAAACAAACGGAAUAUACCAGACCUUUCUCCGCUGCCCGACAAGGGCGACGACCAGUUCGAAAAUGGUUCACCUUUCAAUUAUACAGAUAUAUUCGGGAAUGGUUCACCUUUCAACUUCUCAGCCUACUUAGAAGAAGCUAUGAAACAAAUCACCACUGGCUUGCAAGCGAUGAUACAAAACAGCCUCGACUCUUGCGCAAGCUCGCAAGGACCGCCGGGACCACCGGGACCACCAGGCGAACCAGGAAUCAUGGGUCCACCUGGAAUAAGAGGAAUGAGAGGAUUCAAAGGUUUUGCUGGAUUCCCAGGUCCUAAGGGAUUUAAAGGGGACAUGGGUGAACCGGGCCUCCCAGGGGUUAAGGGAGAACGUGGGCCCCCGGGGUUCCAAGGUAUGAAAGGAGAACCAGGCGAAUCGCUUUCUGCACCAAAAGUAACAAUUAGCCCGCCAGAGAUCACCGUUAAAGACGGAAACACUGCCUCUCUGGUUUGUUUCGUCACCGGAAAUCCCCCUCCGCUAAUAUCUUGGUCCAGAGUCAAUGGCGUGUUACCUAGCCAACGGACUACAGUGACGUCAGAAGGCCGGAUGAAGAUUGCGAAUGCUGGUCAAAAGGACUCUGGCAAAUACACUUGUAGAGCCAAAAAUCUGCUGGGGGAAGAUGAACAAACAGCAACUCUUGUAGUACAUAGUAAGUUGUUCAUUUUAGCUUACGCUGGACUCUAAGUCCAACAUCUAAUUUCUCCUUACUUUUAUACUGCUGAAUCAUUCAUUAAGAUCACGAGAAUGAAGGAAGUGGUCGCCAGCCUAAGAAUUGCAAAGCUUUGAUCGCUAAGCAAAUUCUCCUUGUCAGUACCAAAGGAAAUGCAUAGAGAAAGGUAUGGAGAAGUUAAGGAGUAAAGGGUUCAACUCAAAAUAAGGAUGAUCAGAAGUCUCAAGCAAACGCUACCUUUAAAUAGGCUGUUAUGCUAAAAAUGCGUUCAGGAAAACGUUAAUGGGAUAUCUUAUUUCUCAGUGGAAAGCAGGAUUGACACAGCGCUGAGUGCUUUCACCCUUUAAUGCGAUGGCCUGAGUCCGAUUUCCGAUGCUAGCGUGACAUGUUGGUAAUCCUCGUCUGGCUUUCCUCCUCCCACAAAAUUUAUCGUCCAUUUGAUUAUAAGUAAUGGGUACUAGGUAACUCGUAAUGUGUACUGCUAAGUCCAUUUUUCUUGUGUAUUUUUUAUCUCUUCUGCCUCUUUGAGUGACUGUUUUUUUUCUGCUUCCUUGCAGUAAGGCCCACCGUUACUCUCCUACCUGGUCCGUCAUUUGUAGCGAUAGGAGGCAACGUUACCCUCCCAAAAUGCCGGGUGAACAGCGUCCCUCCAGCUGUAAUUACUUGGUCUAAAAGGAACGGUGUACUACCACAAUCCAGAGCUAUUUCAAAAGAUGGAGACUUAUCCAUCAUAAAUGCGAAGAGUAGCGACAAAGGCUGGUACACCUGUGAAGCCGCAAAUGUCUUAGGAAAGGAGAUGAAGGCUACUCAGUUACUGUUUAUGAAUUUGAAUACUAUGGGAGAGUAUGGGAACCCAACGCCAAAGUACAUCAGAACUGGAACAGAUAAAACCAUCUCGGUCGGUUGUGAUUGGAAAGGAGCAAUAUUUGCUCCAUUUCCAACAUAUAUGUGGACGAAAAUAAACGGACGGAUUCCUUAUGAACGAGCCAAAUAUCGUGGUUAUGAUCUAGAGAUUCGGAACCCAAAAGUAGAAGACUCGGGGAGAUAUGUUUGCCUUGGAAUGUGGAACGAGAACAAAGUCAAGGCCAUGUUUGCUGUGGAAAUUACCGUCACUAAAGGUAAUGAUGUUUAAGCCAAAAAAUUCAUCAGGGUAACGAGAGAACCUUCGAAAAAAUCUCCGUUUUUCCACCAGUCAGUGUUUUAUGAAUGAGCUAUGUAUUAACGUCACGGUGCUUUAAAGGACGCGCAAACUAAGGCCAAACGAUGUGGCCAGCACUCUGUCCAGUAACUUCGAAAAAUUAGAACGCAACAAAAGUUUUCAAUGUACUCGAGAAAAUGCAUAGAACGUCGACUGUUCGCACUAUAAUGAUUACCGGCUGAGGAGAGGUUUGAGUGUAUUCUUAAGCGUGCGCCUAAUAUCUCACCAAACAUCCAAAGAGGAGUGACGUUGUUUUCGAAAAACUUCGAUUUCUGUUUCUUAAAAUUUUUAAGGUGGAGAGUGGACAGUGCCAUUAUGUUGUAAUUAUGGGUAGGAUUCUUUUACUUGAAACUCUAGCACAAAAAACUGUCUCAUUCCUAGUGUAAGCUUAUGCUUGUUCUACAAUUCUCCUCAGUGUGUGCCCCUGUUGGUGUGGCAGACAGAAAUAAGAUACCAGACUCGCGUAUGACAGCAAGCUCAGUUAGGGGCCCCCAAUAUUUACCGUACUACGGCCGGCUGGAUAAAUCUAUCGGAGGAGGAGGCUGGUGCUCAAAGAACAGAGACACCAGCACAGAUUAUCUUCAAGUUGAUCUUGGAAGCGUUCAGUCUGUCUGUGCUACGAAGUCACAAGGAAAAGCUGGACGGUUUACUCGAGACAUCGUGUCUACUUACAAGCUGUAUUUCUCACUUGAUGGUGUCACUUGGAAUGUGUACAUGGAAGAUAACGUUGAAAAGGUAAGUUGCAUAAUCGAAAUGUAACCUGUAGAGAUUAAGAAAGGUUGUUUUUUUUGUCUUCUUGCUUUAUGUACUCUCUGUGACUUGUCUUUGAACGUCACACUACCAAGAUCUCUAGGUUUUUUUCGUUUUUUUAGAAACUUUUUCGUUGACAGAUGUUUUGCGUCUAUUUCUGAUAAUUUUCUAUCGUUCUUUCACUAUUAAACACUACUUUCCUGUAAUCAACAAAGCUUUAUUUGUCCGGAUACGUCUGAAAAGCUAAGUCAUCGCAAAAUGUCUAAUACCCCAUUCACACCAGCUGAACAUGUUUAGUUCAACCGUUUUUAACUGAAUGAAAACCAUGAGUCAUAAAUAGAGAACCGUUAAACUAAAUUUUCCAUAGGAUUCAAGUAAUUCUGAUAAAUAGACUAAAUUAGAACAAACAAUGGUUUAAACUAAAGAAAAAAAAAAUGUUUUCUUUCAAUCAUGGAUUGAAUGGGGUAGUACAAUGCGGACUUGUGAGCAUUUAGAUGAAGGAACAUAAACAGAACAAUUUGUUAACUUGAAAGCAAAGUAAUGAAUUGCUUAAAAGGGGACAAUCCCAUUCAAAGGAGGAUAAAUUUUGGUCCUAACGGAAAAGAUGUUCUUAGGGACCGGUUUAACAUAUGGAAAAACGAGUGUUCUUUUGUUUCAUUGACUGAUGGGGGUUUGCUAUAUUUCUACCGAGGUUUUAGGGGAUCAUGUAAGUUUAAUUAUGACACAAACGAAAUCUUCCCACCCUUUCCACCCCAGGUGAUAAAUAAUGAGGGUUCCUUAUUCAUAGCCUUUGUAUCUGUUGAUUCAUUGAGGGGCCAUCUUUAUUGUGACGACACUUUCCCUGGUCGUAAUAGUGUCCACUGAAUGGAGGUUCGUCUAUACGUAUUUAUCUUUCCCUUAAGGAGUUAUUCUCAGGAACCAAUUUUGACCUUUAAGUCUCUUUUUAUCGGCAGGUUGUGAAGCAAGAGAUACGUUAUCAGGGUUACAAAACAACCGUCUCGUUUGGUCCACCAGUAAAGGCUAGAUUUGUCCGGUUUCAUCCAGUCACAGCCGUCAUAUGGACCUGUAUGAGGGUUGAAGUAUAUACAUUACAAUAAAGUGACACUGAGGGGAUUGCUCAGCCAAAGAGUUACAGCGUGACUGCAACUGCUUUUCCCACACCAACGACAAACUUUGAAUUUUACAAUUAAAGUAGUUUAUCCAUGGUUGGUUGGAUUCACAAAACAAGUUAUGAUUCUAUAACAGUUUGAGAAGAAUGAAGAAAAAUCAGAAGCAAAUCUAACUCCUUUUUUCCUUGGUUACCUUUAUUUCCUUGAAUUUUAGGCAAGCUUGUUCUAAGAGGAAUUUUUUUCUUGUAAAAUCGUUGAAUGCAAUGAAGCGUUCGUGUGGC